AUGUCUGGCCACGAGAUGGAGUUCAAGGCGACUUUGGUGCCACAUCGGUCCGACUCGACAGCAGCGAGACAACCGCCUGCGCUAUCAGACCCAGCCAUUGACCAUCGGCUCUGGGGUCUGAAUGCUGGAGAUCGUUCUCGUGUUCUUGGUCUCUACGAUCAAGGCAAGAAACUCGUUCCAAGCUACAACAAAAUCCAGAAAAAUGUCCAAACGAGGCAGGACCAGAUCAUGCGAUCUGUAAACGGAACCGACGAUUGGGAUUGGUUCAUGCACACCGACGUACCAGGAUAUGAUGGGCUUGAACUGCGAGAAGAGCGCCUUGCCGUGCAGGAAGCAGCACUUAGACGUGAGAAGAUCAAGUAUUUUUUUGAGCGCGAUCCCGAGCUAUGUCAUCUCAUGAGAGAAAGAGAGGCCGUCGAGCGCCCUAUCUAUCAGGUCGCUGCGGCCUGCGCAGAUCUGCAGCUAUGCCAAUCAUUCACGGCAAUCAUCCUCCAGAAGCUCCCUCGCGAACUGCGAGACCAGAUAUACAACUAUCAGUGGACAGAAGAGCACAUCAGAAGCCUAAACGACGCUAUCUCAUUUGUCCCCAAAUAUCAUUCCGCCGACGAAGCUGGCACAGGAGUACAAUAUCUCCCUGUGCCACGUUUCGCAAACGCCGCGUUGGUGGGCGAGGAGUUCGCAUCUGAAGCUGCAACCACGUACUUCAAGGACCUUUCAAACGUUGAGCUUGACUAUCGCUAUGUCCGCGCCUACCUUGAACGCGACCGCUUUGGUUCCAUGGCAUUCUCGUUCAAGGAUGCUAUACGACGUCUCGUCAUCACGAUCGAUGAGGACUAUGGUAAUAUCUAUUCAGGAAAAUGGAUAGCAUGCAGGGCAUUGUACGACAACAUGAAGAGUCUGCUGAUGCUGAGAGAUCGUCAAGAACUCAGUGUUGAGAUAUAUCUGGAGUCAGAUAUGCAAUGGAAUCUGGCCCUCUUCCAGGCUCUCGAAACCAUCAAACCAGUAUUCUUGAUGAUUCGCGAGGCCAACAUGGAUGUCAAAGUUCUAGGCUACGACUUCUUCAGCACAACCGAAGAUUACGAUGCAGACGUAUUCUCCGAACAACUCAACUACUACCUCACUGCGGGUACUCCAGAAGAGUGGCUGGAGAUGAAGGCCAAAGAGAUCAAAGAGAUGCCGCGGGGUCCGUUUCGGCAGCGAUGCAAACGGACACUGCGAAUCAUGCGAAAGAACCUUGAGUCUGUCAUGCGAGAUUCUCGCAAGGCCGCUGAGUCUGCUAGAGCCAGCGUAUAA